AGGGGGAGAGAGAGGGAGAGAGAGGGAGAGAGAGGGAGAGUCGGUAUGCACGAGUGGGCAGUGAGUGGGGGAAAGGAUGGUAGAAAGGGAGAAGAGGUAGAAUGAGAGGAAACCUCUGAUGGCAGAGUUGGGAAGACUGGAGGAAAGUGAGGGUGGGACGAGGUGAAGAUGAAGAAGAAGGGGCUGAAUGUUGAGGGACGUGGGGGUGGGGGUGGAUGGUCAGAGGGAUCAAAUUGAAGUGUGAGCACAGAAUAAGAGUCAAAUCUAGACUGAUCAUGAAGGAGGAGAAUUUGGAAUGUAGUACAGGAUUAGCAGAGUGAAGAGUGACUGGGAAGAUGGAAAAUGCCUGUACAUAAGGGUCUUCUGACCACUUGACCUUGCUCUGAAUAAAGUUAUCUAGAUGUUGAAGUACUUAGGAUUCAAAGGUGCUAUGCUCUGGCCACCAGUGACUAUUAUCUGAUUGAUAGUAUGGCCAGUUAGUGUUUCAGAGGAAGAUAAAUAGUUUUGGUUUGAUAUUUCUCCCUCCCAGGUAAAGCGUUCUUAGAUAUUUAAAAAGCAAAAACAAAGGUUAGUGUUUGGGCAGUCAGAAGGCUGAGCCGGAGUUGCCUGGAGUCCAGUGGUUGGGGUCUCUAGACCAAAUGAAGAGAAGACCAUAGAGACACGGGUGUCCUUGAAUAAUCCCAGGGAAAUAGUGGCCACUAGCAGGAAACCAAUAUCUUGCAUCUCCUCAGGGACCAGGCCAAGGGGACAGUGACCCAAGCCUAGGAGGACCAAGACCUAGUGAUAAGAUUUAUGGACAGAUGGAUGGAAGGAAGGGGCAGGGUCCUCUGGAGGAGACCUAGAGACUCUCUGGACUCCUAGCAGUUGACUUCCUGGAUCAGAGACAAUGGCCAGUGUUGUGUGGAUGGAUGACAGCAGCAAGGGUGACCUUAUGUAUUGGUAAUCUCACAAAGGCCUCCCAGGUUUUAGCACCAAAUAUUAGGUUAAUUUAAGAGCUAAAGACUACCAAUCAAGGCAGAAGCAGUAGCACAACAAGUAGAGUAGUAUUUUGGGAGUCUGAGGUUGACUUCCACUGGGCCCCGAGAGGCAACGCAGAAACUUUUAAGCUGGGGUAGGGGAUGGAGCUUGGGCUGGGAAGUGGAGUGAGGGAUGGAAUGAAGAAGUCAAUAGGCCUUAAACAUAGAACAGAAGUAAGUCUGCUGAGGUGCUUUAAGUUAACAAUGCCCAUCAGGGCAAAGGCCCUGCUGGGGUUUAAUCCUCAGUACUGCAGGGGAGGAAAAAAGCCUGUGUUAUGUCACAGGCUGUGAUCCCAACAAUCUGGAAAGCUGUAGCAAGAGAAUGGCCAUCGACAGCCCAGAGAGAUGGUCUUAGCCUCUUAGCAAGUCCUUGUCACAAAAUUUAAAAAAAAAAUUAAAAAGGACUGGAGAUGAAUCUUAGUGCAGAGACCCUGGGCUCAGUGGCCAGUACAGGAAAACAAAAAGCAAAAGCAAAAAAUUCUUUGAGUAACUAUGCUAUCAUUGCAGAAUUGUGACCAAACCACUGAACUUCAGCCCUCAGUCUCUGCGUGCUAGUGGAGGAAAGGGGUACCUACAGACAUCUCCCUAAAGAAUCUAAAGGUGGUGAGGCCUUAGUCACAUGGAGGCAGCAUCAUGUCUUCAGAGAAAGAAAUCCAAUUUCUGAGGCCUGAAAUGAUCCCAGAGGAGUGAGGGCUUCAGUGUAAGGGUGCAUGACCAAGAUCAUCCGACAGAGAAUUUGCAGGUGCUUGAGGAAUUUAAGGGAGUGAUUCUUCAUUGCUCACUCUGUGGACUUUCCACCCUCCUGCCGUUCACUCACAUCGUCAUGUCUCAGUAUCAGGCAAAUCUAGAGGAUGAAGACCUUCCCAGAGGCAGUGAGGCCGAAGGCCUAAAGACUGCACAGGUCUGCUCCGCUGAGGAAGAGAAAUUUGCUGCCUCCUCCCAACCUCUUGUUCCCAGUUCUCUGAAGGAGGCACCUAUGGCUGAGACGCCCAAUACUUCUGAGGGUCUUCAGCAUUUCUGUUUGUCUCUGAGCAAUUCUGUGGAGGCUGUUAGUAGCCAAGGAAAUGAGCAGAUCUCAAGUACCAGACAGGCUGCAGCGGCCCCUGGGAAUGUGCCCCGCAGUGCUGUGGAUGAGAAAGUGUCCUUCUUAGUGAGUUUCAUGCUGCUCAAGUAUCAGAUGAAAGAGCCAAUAAGGAAGGCAGAUAUGUUGAAGAUUAUCGUACAAGAGGAUGAAGCACAAGAGGAUGAAGCACACUUCGCCCAGAUCUUACUGCGAGCCUGUGAGCGCAUGGAGAUGAUCUUUGGCUUAGAUGUGAAGGAAGUGGAUCCCAUCAGCCACUGCUACGGUGUCUUCAUCAAGCUGGGCCUCACCUACGAUGGGAUGCGAAGUGGUGAAGAAGGCAUGCCCAAGACUGGGCUCCUGAUGCUUGUCCUGGGUGUGAUCUUCAUGAAGGGCAACCGUGCCCCUGAAGAGGAGAUGUGGAAAGCGCUGAAUCUGGCAGGGAUGUAUUCUGGGAAAAAUCACUUUCUGUUUGGGGAGCCGGGGAAGGUCAUCACCAAAGAAUUUGUGCAGGAAAAGUAUGUGGAAUACCGGCUGGUGGCCAACAGUGAUCCUCCGCAGUAUGAAUUCCUCUGGGGCCCAAGAGCCUAUGCUGAAACCAGCAAGAUGAAAGUGCUGGAGUUUUUGGCCAAGGUUCUGGGGGUUGACCCAGGUCAUUUCCUGUCUCAGUAUGCCGAGGCUCUUCUAGAGGAUGUCGAGAGAGCACUAGCCAGUGUCCAAGUCAUUUCUCAUCUCAUUAGGCAGAGGCUGUGCUAGAAGAUGUCGAGAGAGCACUAGCCAGUGCCUCUCUGAGAGCUGCUUCCUGGUCCACUGCAAGUUACUGUGCAAUGGGCAGUAGUUUCUCUUACACCUAGUCAAGUGAGAGGUGGAUUUUUCACUUAUUGUUCCUAGAAUAGCUAGUUUGCUGGAGGAGAAUGCUAGUAUUGAAAGAAUGUAGGUACCGGUACUGAGAUGGGUCUGACAGAAAGACAGAAUACAUCAUUCAUAUGUUAGUUUUCGUUGUGCAAUCUGACAGUUUAUUGUG